UCUUAAUUCCCAGGGGCUGGAGCUGGAAGGAAGCUUUGAAUUUGACUAAUGAUUGGCUUAGGCAUAAGGACAAAGAAAACAAUGCCACCACAUUUUGCUCCAAACUGGCAAACUCAACAACUCAUCAAUGUCCGUUUCAUUAUGAUGUCUCGUGUUAGUAAAGGGUAUAAGAUCAAUUAUUGAACUUCUCCCAAAUAACUCGAAUCGUUAGUGUGUGAUCUGGUCGAUCUCCUUAUAAAGUAAUGAUAUAAAGUAAGGAUAUGGGGAAAAAGCUAAGAGUUCAUCUUUCUGGCGAGAGGGAUAUGGGUGCAAGAAAACAUCGAUGAGGAAGGUCUAGAGUUACUCGAAGAGAAGGAAAUGUUCGUGUAAGAUUCUCCUUUUUUGCUUCAUUCUUCCAAAUGAGAAAAAGGAGAACGUUUAUUUUCGGGAACGACCCACUUCAGUACGUAGGAACUCCAUGGUAAUUAUCGUGAUUAGAGCAUGUUUAUGUAUAGAGAGAGAGAUACCAAAUUGAUGGCCAAUUACCUGGCCUCGUCCGACACUAUGUUACAAAUCGAACUGGUAGUCACGGAUUAAUUUGUUUCUCUUUAAGACGUGUGUGGCAUAUAACCUACUAACCGUGCACAUUAGACUAUCAAACGGCCUCCUCAAGGAUAAAACAAUCACACUCAAUUCUCAUUUAUUCGUGCGAAAAUAAGGAUAUCUAUGAAGAACACUUAUAUUGUAUUUGUUUCUUCUCUUCUUUCCGUGUGUGUGUUUCUUUUUAUUUUUUUGGGGUCGGGCAGCUAUGCUAUUUAUAGCAGCAUAUGCCCUUUGAAUUCCCCUUCUUUAAAGGAGGGUUUACUAGCUAAACACGUUUUAGGAGUAUAAUCAACAAUUUAUCUUCCAAAAAUAUAGUCGAUUCCCUUAUGAUUUGGAUGUCAUUUAGAUUAUCCUUAGUAUUAAACAAUAUUCACAUUUCAACAGUCAAACAUAUACUUGUACUCGAGGAAAAGAACAUAUUUUUUUUAAGCUACUCGGCACUUUAACAAAAUUGAGGUUGAAUCAUCCCAUUACAUUAUUAAUGUAUAAAGAUAUGCAGAUGUUAGUAAAUGGUGUAUAUAUAUAUAUGAUCAACGAUUGAACCUCUUCCAACAACUCGAGUUAUAUAUUGGGAUCAAUUUGUUAUUGACAUGGUAUUGGACGAGCCUUCUGUGAUCAUCGCGAGAGGUUUUCUGUUCCGAAUCCCCAUGAGACCCUCAUUCGCUUCUAUUAAUUAAGCACAUGGUGUCCGGACAUGUGCAAACUUCAAGCCCCCAUAUAUGACGACUUUCGUUUGAACGGGUGUAUUGGUAAACAAUAUAAGAUCUACGAUUGAACCUCUUCCAAUAAUUCGAAUUAUCUGAAUCAACUACUUCUUAACAGAUCUCUCACUCAAUAUAGAAAAAUAUAGAAAAUUAGUAAUUGCUCCAUGAUACAUGAAUGAGCUCAUUGGUUAACUUUCAUCUCGAAUCCAUGAAUUUGGAGAGUGAAGCAUUUGGACGAUGUCUGUGUAUACGUGCAAAUUAGUAAUUGCUCCACAACCUCAUCCAUUAUCAUCCACGUGGCGACAUGCAUGCAACCGACGACGACCGUACGUACGUAUUAACGUAUACAAAAAUCAAUGCGAUCCAUGUAUAUGUAAUACGUAUACUCAAGUUGAUCGAUCGAGAAAGGUUCUCAAGCCGUUUCAUUUGCCAUGAUCAGGUAUAUAAGAGAUGACUCAUCUCUGUAUAUAUUGUUUCACGUUGAACACAUUCAGAGUUCUUGUAAGAUCUCAUCAAUUUCACUUUAAAAAGCGCCUUGUCGGUUAAGAUUGAGUUGUUUCUUAUGUCCUACAAAUCGAUAUCUCUCGUACUUUGUCGAUGUGAGAUUUGAUUAAAGUGUUAGAUUUUUAUCAUUUUUUUCCUUCUUUUCCCGUGUAAUCGUAGUUGCGGAGCUCUGCGCUUUCUCAAAGCAUGCUCCAUAGUCGCAACCAUAAUUACCGUAGUCAAGAAACUCCCGAGAAAUCUUUAUAAGACUCGUAUAACAUAAUGUAGGCGGGUCUCUCUAUACAUCGAACUCCCUCUUCGUACAUUAGUUAUUUGAGGAGGUGCAAAGCGUAAGUAGUAACAAUCAUUUAACUUUAUUAAAUGUCAUGGCGCGUUUCACCCGCAUAUCUAAACUUCAAUAACUAAACUCUAAACCCUAAAAUUGAUUGAAUGGAGAAACGUAACUAUAUCGACGACUUCAAUUCGAAUUGAAAAGCAUCCAACAUACCAAAUAGCACCAAAUCACCUAAACGGUAUUUUUCUCCAGAUCGAAAUCACGCAGCAGCUCGGUUUGCCACGAUAGGCAAUCAAGAGGAGAAGUUAAAGGGCAAAUAUUAUACGGUUGCAUUCUGCAUGUAAAGAAAGACGACGUAAUGAAAAAGAAGAAUGAAAGGGAAAAAAAAAGGAGGGGCCAUUAAUGAAUUGAAGCUUUUAUUAAGGGCAAGUAGUUGAGGAAAUUUGGCUGUGUUUGUUAUACGGUUGGGACAUGGAGAGUAGGGAGGGAUGGCAACAAAACCCGAAUCCACAUGUACCCACCCUAUCCAAUCCGGUCAACGCGGGUAAAACUCAUGUUGACGGGUUUUGGGCCGGGUUCGGGUUUAAACCCGCUACAUUAUUCACUGGGUCGAGUUGAGUUUGGGUUUAGGUAAACCUGUCCCAUGGAUACCCGCCCACACACAUAUAAUUACUUUCCCGGUAUAUUUAAUAUUCUAAAUAAUAUAUCUUCCUUAAACAACUAAUAUUCUUUAUGUUUGUGGAGACAUGUAUAAUUUGUUCUUUCUAAUUGUUUAGAAUGAAGUUGAUAUUAUGAAAUGGAGAGUGAAGAAACUUAGUUGACGAGGAAGAAGUUUUCAAUUAAUCUUAUUGUUUAUAGAUGUUUAUCUUUAAUUUUGAACAAUUUGCAUUUGAUCAUUUGUGGUUUGCCCGUAUGCUCUAGAUUUGUGUUUUUUGUAUGAGAAAAUUGAUGUUAAACUUUUAUUUUGAAAAAAACUUGUUAUUGUAAAUUUUUACCACAAAAACCCACGGGUACCCAUGAACCCGCGGAUAUCCAGCGGGUUGAGUUGAGUUUGAGUUUUUCAAACCCAUCGGGUUUUACCUAGAUUUUAUUUUGCAGAUAAACUCAUGGAUUUAGAUUUGGAUUUGAUAAAACCCGCCUAACACGAUCCAUUGCCAUGCCUAUUGGAGACGAACACGCUUAAAAGUUAAAGGCGGUCCCAAUACGAAAGCAAAAUAAAUUGGGGAAGGAAUGAAUAAAAAGGACAAAAAAAAUUGCAUGCAAAUGCCAAAAGGCUGUGGUACGGAUCAUACUCCCCAUUUUCAGUCCACAGAGACAGAGAAGCACAAAGACAGAAAUGAAAGCAAUAUAUACCAAUCAAUAAUGGACCCAACCCAACCACCUUUUCUUUCUUCAUUUUCCCUUUUUAUAUUUUAUAUAUAUAUAAGCUUGCAAAUUUCACAGUGAAAUUGCUAUGUGAAAGUGUUCGAAAUCAUGUUGUAAUUGAGAGUUGAUCACAGUAUCAUACCAGAUGCAAUUAGAAAUUGUCAAACAUAAGAUAUGCAAUUCGAAUCGUCAUAUAAUGUACUCGGGUGCAGUCAAAAUUGUUAGAUGUAUUUAAGAAGUCAUUUAGUUGGAUGUAAGUGAGAGAAUGAAAUUUUGAAUCAAUAUAGUCAAAAUCGCGCUUUAAAACUUAAAAACUUAUGGGUUUACGUUUUUAGAUCACUAAAACGCUUCUAUGCAAUAUCACGGUUUUUAUAGCUAAUGUAGUUUAAAACGCGUUUUAAAACUUAAAAACUUAUGAUUUUACACUUCUAGAUCACCGAGACGUUUCUACUUAGAAACGCGCUUUUAACUACAUUGUUUAGAACUGAAAACAAAUAUAUCUUUUUACGUUGAUGCAGUAAAAAUUAUCGAUAUACCUAGAAUCUCAUCCAAGUCCUCAGGUGCAACAAAGCCUGUGUUGUUGUAGAAUACCCUUAAAGACUAUCAACAUUUCCAAACAUUCAUCGAUUCUAACCAAGAUUGGAACUUGUCAUGUAAAACCUACCUGGUGAAUAUAACAACAACAACAAAACCUACAAAAUCUUGCGAAACAUACAAGGAAUUCGGAAGUCACACCUUCCAAAACCACCUCGAAACACUUGUAGACAUACACCACUCCAAUUUUAUCCCUUUGAGAUUGAAACCCUUACUUGUUAAUUAAGUAGACUGCAAGAUAUCAUGUGAUUAUUUGUGGAUUUGUGGAGCAUGUUGAACCUCACUGAAGGUGCAUAAUGAACCAUAAUGCACUUCUAUCCCAACAUAGCAUAUCCCAAUUACUAUAGUGAUAACUAGGGAUGGCAAUUUGAACCCGCCCCGUCGGGUUUUACCCGACCUGAUCCGCGAUGGGGCGGGUAUUACCCGACCCGCAGUAGAGUGGGACGGGGCAUGGGUACCAACUUCCGACCCGCCCUGUUCUUGGCCCAUUCUAAGUCAAUUUCUUAUGUCAUCCAUGCAUAUAUCUCCUAAUUUGACUUUCUAGGUCAAGAUUAACUAGUCAGACUUGACCUUUCAACUAAAUAGACUCAAUUAACCAUUAUAUUAUCACUAUUAUCCAUUCAUGAAGUCUUUUCACAUUCGUUUUAUCGUAAAAAUUAAAAUUUUGCUUGUAUUUUUUUCCAAAUAGCAAAUAAGGAUGGGUCGACCAGCCCCGCCCCGUACCCGCGCAGAUAUUACCCGCCCCGACCCAUUGCCAUCACUGAUAACAAUGUUUGUCACAGUACCAAAUGCUUCUCCCCUUAACCUAGUUGACUGGAUGCUGCUGCUAGCAUUCAAAAAUAGCCUUUUGGUCAAAUCCCCCCAUCUCCAACUUGCUUGCCAACUUCCCUCUUCCUGUCUCACACAAACCCAAUUUUAUAAAUUCCCUUUCUUCUUCCUUUUUGUUUUCUUGCAUUCAUUCAUUCAUUCAUUCAUUACAGUAACAGCUCCCUCUUGACCCUCCACUCUUUUUCUUGCCACCUUCCUGUUUGCCUCCCCUCUUCUAUCUUCCUGCCACGUGCCCUCUCUCCCAUACUCCCACAUAAUAAAACUAAUAUAACAGAAAAAUGGAGCCAAAAAAAAAAGAAGCACUUUCUUCCUUCUCGUUCUCCUCAGUCAGUCUCAGUCUUCCCAUGAAUGAGCUGGAUUCAGAUUCCGUGUGUAGAGUGGAUUUCAAGCUGUUCCUUCCUUCCCCCAAUUUCCCAUUUCUACCCUUCCAAACCAACCCUAUAAAUUCAUCUUCUCCUUCCUCCCACUCUCCAUUCCCAAUUCCACUCCCAACCCCGAAAAACAAUCCCCAAUCACUACCUGUCUUUAUCCUCUAAUCUCAAUCUUAUCCAAUCCAUGGAUAUCUUCAACUCCCCUGUUCUCCCCAUCUCCAUCCUCGCCGCCAUCUUCGCAUCUUUCCUCUUCGUCCUGACCCGAUUCCUCCUCCGCCGGCGGCGGGGGCCGCAAUUGCCCCUCCCGCCGGGCUCCCUCGGGUACCCGUACGUCGGAGAGACUUUCCAGAUGUACUCGCAGGAUCCCAAUGUGUUCUUCGCCUCGAAACAGAGCAGGUACGGUUCGAUCUUCAAGACCCACAUCCUGGGAUGCCCUUGCGUCAUGAUCUCCAGCCCCGAAGCUGCGAAAUUCGUGCUCGUGACGAAAUCGAACCUCUUCAAGCCCACAUUUCCGGCGAGCAAAGAGCGGAUGCUGGGCCGGCAGGCCAUCUUUUUCCACCAGGGGGAUUACCAUUCCAAGCUGCGGAAGCUCGUCCUCCGAGCUUUCAUGCCGCAAUCGCUCCAUUACAUCGUCCCGCAGGUCGAAUCCCUCGCCGUUCAUGCUCUCCGUUCGUGGGAAGCGACUCACGAGAUCAAUACGUACCUCGAAAUGAAAACGUACACGUUCAAUGUGGCGCUGCUGUCGAUAUUUGGAAACGAUGGAGCUAUGCACGGGGAGGAUUUGAAGAGGUGUUACUAUGUCCUGGAAAAGGGUUACAAUUCGAUGCCGGUGAAUCUUCCGGGGACGCUGUUCCACAAGGCGAUGAAGGCGAGGAAGGAGCUGGGUCGAAUCCUGGCGAAAAUCAUGGCGGCGAGGCGGGAAAUGAAGCUGGACCACAACGACCUUCUGGGUUCCUUCAUGGAAGACAAAGAAGGGCUCACCGACGAGCAAAUCGCCGAUAACGUCAUCGGAGUUAUCUUCGCCGCCAGGGACACCACCGCCAGUGCUCUCACCUGGGUUCUCAAGUACCUGCGUGACAACCCAUCUGUUCUCCAGGCCGUCACAGAAGAACAAGAGGCGAUAGCGAAGGAGAUGAUUAGCAGGGAGAAGGGAGUUCUGAAUUGGGGAGAUACAAAGCAGAUGCCCAUCACUUCACGUGUGAUUCAGGAGACACUCAGGGUUGCAUCAAUUCUUUCCUUCACUUUCAGAGAAGCUGUUGAAGAUGUCGAGUAUGAAGGGUAUCUGAUCCCAAAAGGAUGGAAAGUGUUGCCACUUUUCAGGAACAUUCACCACAACCCAGAAAUCUUCCCUGAUCCUGAGAAAUUCGACCCUUCCAGAUUCGAGGUGGCGCCAAAGCCCAAUACAUUCAUGCCAUUUGGCAGCGGGACCCACGCUUGCCCUGGAAAUGAGCUCGCCAAGGUGGAGAUAUUAGUGCUGCUCCAUCACCUGACCACAAAGUACAGGUGGUCUAUAGUGGGUGACAAUAAUGGAAUUCAGUAUGGUCCUUUUGCUCUUCCCCAGAAUGGUCUGCCCAUCAAACUUUCCCUCAGAAAAUAAUGAACAGCAGAACAGCAGCAGCCAUGAAUCAAAUCAAUUCCCAUUAAUGGGGAUUGCCCAAAUUGGGGAAGAAAGGGACGACUGAAAGGAGGACAAGUGGCAGAGCUGCAGAGGGACUCUGCCCCACUGACCAUCCCGCAAAACAGAGGAUGAAUACAGCUAGAGAAGAGAACAGAGAAAGUAAAAAACAGGGGAAGGAAAGGAAAGGGAAGACUCCAAUUGUACAGCAUGAAAAUGAGUCCUCAAAUACUUUCCAACUAUGCUACCACUGCAGCAGCAGAGCAAGAAGAGAGGCGAAAGACAAAGAACAGAGUGAAUUCACUGAACAAAGGCAUCUUCGAAAUAUCAAAAAAUUUUGUUUUCUUUUAUUGGGUAGUUUGCAUGUUGCCAAAAAGACAGAAAAAAAGAAGGACAAAGAGAAACAGUAGGAUGAUUGAUAUGUUAUCUCUGGCGCAUUUGUUUCCUUUUCUUUUCCAAGUUUGUGGGCUUAGCUUAGCGGUUCAUCCAGAAUGUGGGGAGCCGAAUAUUUUUGUAAUUAGGAUCCACCAUGAAGAAAGAAAACUACAGUUUGCCGUAAGGUCAAACUGUAAAAUUUUGUUUGACAUAGUUUCAUCUUUUAUUGGUUUCAAUUCAUUUCCUUUUGAGUGGUUUUCUUCCUCAUGAUGAAGAUGAGGAGGAAGGCCAAUUAAGGGUUCAACGAUCAUUCACCGGGGCUAAGUUUGUGGGGUUUGAGAGAGGUGGUUUAGGAUACAAGUUCAGUUAUUGCUUUUCACCUUCAUUAAGCGCGAGCAGAAGACGAAUAUCGUCGUUUAUUCAUACACAUAUAUGUCAUUCAACAAAUGUUUUUUUUCCCCUCCAGUCAACAAUGAAAUCUUGCGGUGGACAAUCUGAUUCAUGAGGACCACGAAUCUCUUCGUGAUUUGUCAUAUAUAGACCUUUUCUUUUAUCCAUCUCUAAUCUAUCGACACUUUGUGUGAGAGAGUCUGGACGGAUGGUGAGAUCGUCAACCCGGCCAGUAUAUCUCUUCAAUUUUGCUUUAAGAGCUUUACUAAGUGCUUGGCCAUCUGGCCACUGAAGUAGGAUGUGAUACACCUUACCAUGAUCACUCUUAGAUCUCGAUAAGUAUAUCAUUGACAACAUUAAUCAACCACACAAAAAAUUGAACCAAUAGCCAAGAAAAAAAUAGUUUUUUUUUGCCUUAAAAUAUAAAUUCCAACAUGCAUGAAUAAUUUUGAUGGUAUAAAUCUCAAAGUAACUUACGAAGAUAUAAUAUCAAAGCAUCACAACUUGCACAAUAACGUCAUAAACAUUAACAUUAUAUCAUAUGGAGACACGAUCGUUUCUACUCUCUGGUGAAAUGUGGUUGUGAAUGAAUUAGGGGAUGAGAUUUUCAAAAUUAAGAUUAAGACUUGGGUAUCGUUUUGGGAGUUGGGAGAUGAUCUAGUGGGCUGGUAACACGUAUUGAUCAGAAGUCGGCUGGGUCCACGAUUUGGUCCGGUAAACCGCGGUCUAGACCAGACCAGACCAAGAGAUCAAAGCAUCAUAUAAUACAGACCAUAGAUAAGACCAGAUCAUACUUAACGGUCUAUGAUCCCGACCAAACUGUACGGUCCGGUUUGAACAUGGUUUUUCAAAUGGUAUGUUCUAUAUUCCCAGCCCUACUAUAAAUCAUAAUUUUAAUAAUUUCAUUCGUCUCAAAAACCAAUAUCAAUCUUCAAACUACAUAACAAUGAAUAAAAAAGGCACGAAUUUCUGCAAAAAAAAGAAUAAUUUAUGAGUAUAUCACUAUAACUACACGAGAUAACCAUAGUUCUAUGUCAUAUUGUUAUAAAGAACUUCCCAAAGGGUGCCUGCCACCUAGCAAUGCAAAUGGCCUCGUGCACCCAGGUGGUAAUUUAAUACAACGACUUUAAUUAAGGAUAAUAAUAACUAAUUAGUACAAGAUUGCUCAAACCAUACAAUAAUUGUCAACCCUAAUAAUACUAAUUCAAGAUUUGAAUUAAUCAAUCAAAAUUCUCUAUAGCUAUAUAGCUGCGUACGAUUACGAAUUCAAUAAUUAGGUCAACCCAUUUGCAUAAUUCCACCACAUUACUGCCUAAUUAAUAAACGAAAAAAUAGGACAAGUCAAAGCCUAGGCACAUGUAAGUACACGACUUAAUUGAGGAGGGAAAACAAACAAUUAAGAGAAGAAAAUUCAUCGCAUGUGAUGUGACCAAAACUACUAGUCCAUAUUCAUUCAUAACAAAGAAGUUAUAACAGACUUUACUUGUGAAUUGAGAAGGAAAUGCCAACCGCGUGCUUCGUCUAAACGAUAAAUUCAUUCAUUUCAACUCUUGAAACGAUCACGCACUACGAUAGGUUGAUUGCGAUUCAACGACAUAUCAACUCAUAGCGUAGGGAGGUGCGUUUAGCAAAAUCUGCAAGCAACAAGUGUGGCUGCUUAAUCAAUAUAUGAUCCAAAUGGAUUUUCACGAUAAUUAACCUAACAUUUUUUUUACUUGGUUCCACGUUGGAUCAUAGGAACUACAUUAUAUUACUGACUAUAAUUAAAUAGUAGGGACGUAAUUUACUAGGAGUAAGUGUAACGGGAACUUAAGGCACUAUUGUUGUUUAGUUACUUAUGUCACCCUGUUUAGCAUAGUUUCGUUAUUGUGAUUGAAGUAGAAUUGUAACAAUAGAGGUACAACCACAAUAACAUGAAAAUAGAAAGCAGAAACAUGCAAAUUCUAAGAAAUCGAGUUAGUUAACAAAGAGGAACGUAAAUGUGUUUAGUUACUUCCUUGGACCCGUUUAGUAUAAAUGUUGAGACUAAGACAAAGGUAGGAAAAUAACGAGAGGAAUAUUCUGGCGUAGCGAGAUGAGAAAAUUGAGAGAGAAAGGAUAUGAAAAUAAUAUAUUAGCAAUAGGGUAUCGGGGAUGAGGUUUGCACAAAUGAAGAGGAAUUAUUAUGUAGAAAAUGAGUCUAGUGAGAUUAGACACUCUUGAAUAAAAUUAUUUCAACAAUUAAUAGAAUCGCACAAGAAACAACUUUUGAAAACUAUAAAAAAGCUAUUUAAAA